AGUACAUAGUCCCUGGGAUACUUGGCUUUGUAGCUGCUUUUGUCCAGAAGAAAUGUAUGUAUAUUAUAGCCUUGGUUUUCGGCAUUCUGUUUUUGACUGCAAUGGCGAUUGUAAGUUUGCUCCUUGGAAUUAUAAUACCUACUUUGAUAUUUGCCAACAGCAGAUAUAAAUUAAACUGCAGCUUGAUUGAUUUGAACGACCAGACUUGUGAGAACUUCCAAGAACUCCGCAAACACUUCAUCGCCAUGUGCGUGAUGGUCGUCCUUACCUGGAUGGUUCUGUUAGUCGUCUUUAUAUUAUGCUGCUAUUACACCUGUUGUUCUAAGAGCACGACUUCACCUGGCGUUGUCGUCCAGUCAGGACCCCAGACGAAUAUUUCUGUCAGUCAAGUUUCACAGCAACAAAAUUCUCAGGCAUAUCUCGCCCCAGUGAACACAGUACCAGCAUAUGGCGGCCCACAGUAUGGGCAAAAUGUAUACGGCUCUCCACAUUAUGGGCAAAAUGGCUACAUCCCUUCAGAUGGACCAAACGGUUAUGUCACCCAUGAACUACCUAAUGGGCAAAUCUGGUUCCCUGUUGAACAAAAAGGGUUCCUAUAGCGGCCAAACCCAAACGCCCCACUUGAGCAUGUUACACCACUCGUGGUGUUUUGCCUACUUCAACACUUCAAGAUGUAACUAAACAAAAUUUUAUUUCAUACCGGUGGGAGAAAGAGAUUGAGAAAUUA